AUGUUGCAAUCCAAACAGGUGUCGCAGGUACUCGCACAGGUAGUUGCUGGAGACAAUGCAUCCACCAAAGGUCCCAUCUCCGUUUCACUUCUCUCGGCAAAAGGUCUACCUUUGACAACGGUAACAUCUACACAUGUUGCGGAUACUACACUCACCGCAGAUAACUUGCGAGUGUACUCACUUUUGGCAAUCAACUCGUUCCAUCAACAGGCUAAAUGUGGAGACGACGAUGUGGACAAUUGGGCACUUCUCGACUUGGACGGGAGCCUACGGGCGAUGGUCCGCAAGUUUUCCACGUUGGAAAACAAUUCAGAAAACUACCAUAACGAUAUGUUUGUUGUUUUAUUCUACAGUGGAGACUAUUCAGAUGCGUUGGCCAAGGUGAGACUUGAUCUGUUGACCCUGGCGUUGGCAGAGGGGCUUCGUGGCUACAUGUCGCAUUAG